ACUUAAGGUUAACCCAAACACUCCAGUUCAACCCCCUCCCCGUUUUAUUAAAGGAUAAUUAGUUUUAAUAGGCUUAUACUUAUUAGAAUCAACUAUCUCAUAAAAAAACCCAAAAAAAAAAAAUCAAUAAUAUAAACUAUAAAAAAACUAUAAAAAAAAUUUCUCCCCCAUUAAUCAUGUCUGCCGCUGACGCUGUUCAAGAAUCAUUGGAAAAGUUAUCCCUUGACUCCAAUGUCCCAGCUAGCACUGAAGGUGCUGCUGCUGUUGAAGGUGCUGCUACUACUGCUGCUACCGCCACCGGUGCUGCUCCAGUUGAAGGUGAAGAACAAGGUGAUUCAUCUGCUGUUGCCGACAGUUCUGCUUCAUUAUACGUUGGUGAAUUAAAUUUCAACAUCAAUGAAGCUACUUUAUUUGAAAUCUUCUCUCCUAUUGGUCAAGUUUCUUCUAUUAGAGUUUGUCGUGAUGCCAUUACUAAGAAAUCUUUAGGUUAUGCUUAUGUUAACUAUCAUAAGAUUCAAGAUGGUGAAAAGGCUAUUGAAGAAUUAAACUAUACUCCAAUUGAAGGUAGACCUUGUAGAAUUAUGUGGUCUCAAAGAGAUCCAUCUGCUAGAAGAAGUGGUGAUGCUAAUAUUUUCAUUAAGAAUUUGCAUCCUGCUAUUGAUAAUAAAGCUUUACAUGAUACUUUCUCCGCUUUUGGUAGAAUUUUAUCUUGUAAAGUUGCUACUGAUGAUUUAGGUCAAUCUAAAUGUUUUGGUUUUGUUCAUUAUGAAACUCCUGAUGCUGCUCAAGCUGCUAUUGAUAAUGUCAAUGGUAUGUUAUUAAAUGAUCGUGAAGUUUAUGUUGGUAAACACAUUUCUAAAAAGGAUCGUGAUUCUAAAUUUGAAGAAAUGAAGGCUAACUUUACUAAUGUUUAUGUUAAAAAUCUUGACCCAGCUUAUUCUGAAGAAGAAUUUAAGGAAUUAUUUAAACAAUACGGUGAUAUUACUUCUAUUUACUUAGAAAAGGAUGCUGAAGGUAAAUCUAAAGGUUUCGGUUUCGUUAACUUUGAAGAACAUGCUUCCGCCGUUAAAGCUGUUGAUGAAUUAAAUGAUAAAGAAAUCAAUGGUCAAAAGAUUUAUGUUGGUAGAGCUCAAAAGAAGAGAGAAAGAAUUGAAGAAUUAAAGAAACAAUAUGAAUCUACUAGAUUAGAAAAAUUAUCUAAAUAUCAAGGUGUUAACUUAUUUGUUAAGAAUUUAGAUGAUUCAGUUGAUUCUGAAAAAUUAGAAGAAGAAUUUAAACCAUUUGGUUCAAUUACUUCUGCCAGAGUUAUGGUUGAUGAAACUGGUAAAUCUAAAGGUUUUGGAUUUGUUUGUUUCUCUUCUCCAGAAGAAGCUACUAAAGCUAUUACUGAAAUGAACCAAAGAAUGCUUGUUGGUAAACCAUUAUAUGUUGCUUUAGCUCAAAGAAAAGAUGUUAGACGUUCUCAAUUAGAACAACAAAUUCAAGCUCGUAAUCAAAUGAGAAUGCAAAAUGCUGCUGCCACUGGUGGAAUUCCAGGUCAAUUUAUUCCACCAAUGUUUUAUGGUCAACAAGGAUUUUUCCCACCAAAUGGUAGAGGUAAUGCUCCAUUCCCAGGUCCAAAUCCUCAAAUGAUUAUGAGAAGAGGUCAACCAUUUGGAGGUCCAGAACAAUGGGCUAGACCAGGACCAAAUGGUCAACCAGUUCCAGUUUAUGGAUUACCACCUCAAGGUUACCCAGAUUUCAAUAAUCAAAACUUACGUCAACAAAGAGGUGGAUAUUUCCCAAACAAUAGAGGUGGACAACAAAAGAGUGGUCGUCCUCAAAGAGAUUUAGCUGCUAUUCUUGCCAGUGCUCCAGCCGAUCAACAAAAGAGAAUUUUGGGUGAAGAAUUAUAUCCAAAGAUUGUUUCAACUGGUAAAGCUCAAGAAUCUGAAGCUGCUGGUAAAAUUACUGGUAUGAUGUUAGAUUUAGAUAAUCAAGAAAUCUUAGCUUUAUUAGAAGAUGAUGAAUUAUUUAACAACCAUUUUGAAGAUGCUUUAAUUGCUUAUGAAGAAUAUAAGAAAUCUGAAGGUAAUGCUGUUCCAAGUAAUACUGAAAUUCCAGCUUCUGAAUAAUCCUUUUAAAGAAUUAAAUUUCUAGUGUAUUCUAUUUCUUUUACGUAUAUAAAUGUAAUACUUUUUAAUUAAGGUAAGGGUUUAUGGAUUUAUUAUAUAUAAAUAACAGAAAAUGGAUAAAAAUUUGAAAACUAAGAAUUAAAAGA